AUGAGAAAAAUUGAUGUCUUUUUAAGACUCCUCAAAAAAUUAAAAAUAGAGUCACAAGCGAGCAGGAGGGUACAAGACUGCAGCAGCAGAGCCACGCCUAAGUCAAAGGAACUUGUUUCUCCAAGCUCUUCUGGAAGUGAUUCAGACACUGAAGUUGACAAAAAAUUACAGAGGAAAAAGCAAGCUGCUCCAGAAAAACCUGAGAAGAAGCAAAAGACUGGUGAAACUCCAGGAGCUUUGUCAUCUUCCAAACAGAGCAGCAGGAGCAGCAGCAGAGAUGAUGACAUGUUUCAGAUUGGCAAAAUUAGGUACUUCAGUGUUUGGGACUUUAAAGGGAAAAAUCUAAUUGAUAUUAGAGAAUAUUGGAUGGAUCUAGAAGGUGAAAAGAAACCAGGCAGAAAAGGUAUUUCUUUAAAUCCGGAGCAGUGGAGCCAGCUGAAGGAACUGAUUUCUGACAUUGAUGAUGCAGUAAGAAAACUGUAAAAUCCGAGCCAUACAAAACCUGCACUGUUCUACUGGUUUUAAUCUGUCUUUUUACAUUGGCUUUGUUUUCUAAAUGUGCUCCAAGCUAUUGUAUGUUUGGAUUGCAGAGCAAUUCGUAAGAUGAAUACUUUUUUUUAAAUGUGCAUUAUGAAAAUUUUUCUGAGUGAAGCUAAUUGUCAACUUGAUGUCAAUGUUAUGUCAGUGAGGUACUUACAUGAGAACUACAAUCACUGAACUUACUGUAUUAAAAUAUUAGCAGAUACAAUCUGAUAAGCAACAUGGUUUGUAUGAAAACGCUGAGCAGGUGUAUGUCAUUACCCAUAGUGUUCUUUUUGCUUAGUCUGCAGAAAAUAAUGUCGUGGGUGAGAUGUUUGAUUUUCUUUCACUUAUUAAAUAUGUUCACCAUGCGAUGAUGUCUAUAAAAUCAGAUAUUGUUAAAUUAGACUAGGAUUUAAUAAAACUUGUGAAAGCUUACA